CUUCACACACAUACAAAGGACAACAUGGCUGCGCGUGCCCAAGGCUUUAUGCACUUUAUGAAGGUCGGCUUCCAGCAGGAGCCUGUGGUCAUGUGGUCUUGCAUCCUUGGUGCUGUGGGCAUCGCCAUCCCGCUCGCCCUCAACUCGACUUUUACCAACCGCCCUGAGCCCGUUGCCAACAUCAACGACAUCAUCCGCGCCCGCGGCAUCGCCCAACCAGAGGCCCAAGAUUAGAUGCAGAUUUGCAUCGGCAGCUCGCUCAUGGCGGCUGCGGUACCUUCGAGACCGAUAAACCGACCAACCCCA